CGGAAGCGGGCGCUCACUCCGCCGCCCGUUUCCGGCGUGCGAGCAGCCGAGGCCACCUGUCUUUCCCGUCUUCUCUGCCAGGUCUCUGGUCUCUUGCCGCACGGCCACAUCGUCCCCCGAGGGCUGUGUUCCCCGCCCUUGCUGUCCCGUUGCUGCGACCCGACGGGGCCCGCGAAGGGCCACGUGGCGCCGGCGAGGCGGCUCCAGCCGGCCCCGGGGUCCCCCGCGUGCGCAGCCUGGCAACCUGGCGCCCUCCGCUGCUCGCGGCCCGCCGGGGGGCCACCGACUCCCCCACGGGCGAGCGUGGCCUUCGAGGGCAUGUGGUUCGGGCCCAGCGCUUUCGGUUCUCAGAGGAGCCGGGCCUGGGGGCUGAGGGGACGGUGCUGGAGGUCAGCGUCCCGCAGGUCCUGCACCUCCAGUACGGAAUGUAUGUGUGGCCCUGUGCGGUGGUCCUGGCUCAGUACCUGUGGUUUCACAGAAGAUCUCUGCCAGGCAAGGCUGUCUUAGAGAUUGGGGCCGGAGUGAGCCUUCCAGGAAUCGUGGCUGCAAAAUGUGGCGCCGAGGUAAUACUGUCCGACAGUCCGGAGCUGCCUCACUGCCUAGAAAUAUGCCGUCAGAGCCGGGAAAUGAACAACCUGCCACAGGUGCGUGUCGUAGGACUAACGUGGGGCCACGUAUGUCCCGAUCUCCUGGCUCUGCCACCACAAGACAUCAUUCUCGCAUCUGAUGUGUUCUUUGAACCAGAAGACUUUGAAGACAUCUUAACUACAGUAUACUUUUUGAUGCAAAAGAACCCCAAGGUCCAACUGUGGUCUACUUACCAGGUAAGAAGUGCUGACUGGUCACUUGAAGCUUUGCUCUACAAGUGGGAUAUGAAAUGUGUCCACAUUCCUCUGGAGUCUUUUGGUGCAGACAAGGAAGAUAUAGCAGAAUCUGCCCUCCCAGGAAGACAUACUGUUGAAAUGCUGGUCAUCUCCUUUGCAAAAAAGGACAGUCUCUGAAUCAUACCUACAUACACAGGCUGUUCUGGGGCAAUGUCAACACUGAUUUGCAACCUAUCGUGCCAAUUAGAACUCAGACCAUUUUAGCUUCUUGGGAGCGAGUACAAGCACUGGCUUUGAAGAUGGUCAGAUCUGUCGGCCUGAAAAGAUUGUGGUGGGUCACCUGGACAACACUCGUGGGUUACAAAGCCAUGAAAACAAAAAUAAACACACCUGUAAGAAAAAGGACUUGGACUGUUCUUUAAAAAUCAAUAAAAAUACGACAUAAAUUAGACUAUGACAGAAGGGGGGUAACCCACAACCUCCACAAAGUGCUACCUUAGAGCAUGGAUUUUAGGGGUAGUGGGUGCUGAAACGGGGUUUCCACUUUUUAACUUAGGGAAAAAAAGGUCAAGUACUAAACAUUUCGCUCUCAUACUACAACAGUCAGUAACAAUUCACAAGAUAAUUGCACAGGUCUUUCAAAUAAACGGGAAAAAAAGACCAAGACAUAUUCUGAGAAAAGCUAACACCAAGAAAACGUUUUAAUUAAACUACAGAAACAACGGUUAUAGUACAGAAUAUUCAUGAGCAAAAAGAUACACCAUGUCAUAAGUACUUACAAAGUUACAAACCAUUUGCUUCCUUAACAUUUUCCGCAUUUUAAGUUCAUACAUGAAGAUGAUCCGAUUUACCAUUUUGGGGGGAAGGGGAGAAAAAAAAAGGUGUAUUUAUCAUCAGCUAGAUGUGCUCACUGUAUGCUCCGUUAUUUAUAUGCAAGGCCCGGGUGACUGGAAGUGCAGUUGUCAGGCAUUUUAAUAAACUGGACAGCCAUUUGUUUCUGCACGACAAGGCAUCUUUACACAGGAGCAACCGGGAGAAAACAGGAAACAGCCAAGCACUCUGCACUGCAACACGCCACCUUAACAGCUAACCAGCAUUACUCAACUGCUACACAACUGCGCCUAGUGCACAAAAAUACACAAGAGAAGAGAUUAGAAUUGUGUUUGGUAAACAAUCCUUUCAAAAAAUCAAGUCUUUUCACCUGAAAAGUCUUUACACAAAUUUGGGUUCAGAUCACCACUUAGAUCUGAAGGUAAAUAACAUAUACAAACAAACUGACACCAACUUUUGUAGCUUUUUAAUUUUAAGGAAUGAAGGCAAUGUUGAGUCAAUCUCUCGACAGCUUUAGGCUGUGCGUAAUGGCUGCACACGUUUCCUUAAAAGUCAGGAGGCCACAAAUUAGGUUACCAAUCUGUUUAAUUUCAAACAAAAAAAGUCAGCACUAUAUAAACAAAAAGGAAAAUUUACCUCAAAUAUCCAAGCCAAUAAUGAAAUCUGAAGUCGUUCACCUCACUAAAUUACAAGAAAUUUGAAUAACAGCAACAAAAUGGCACAUAAAAUGAAGUUUGCCACCUGAGGCAAAGCUUUAAAACAAGUAAAAAGUUAGACAAAAUGUUACAAAAUAACCUUUUCAAUAGCCAGUUGCUUGUUCCAAGGACUCUUCGAUGGACUGAGUAGGUGGUCCUUUUCCCCCAAGUCUUCCUUUAGUUACGCUGCUCGAGGACACAUCUAGGUUUGAAAAGAAAAAAGUUCAGUUUACCUUCCAUCGCUAUGAAGUUACCCAAAGUGCACAUGGUUUCAGUUUCAGGCAUGUACUGACUAAGGCUCUGGUGAAACAAGUAGGUUACGGAAAGGUUCCACCCAGCCAUUAUCAGUGUUUUUAAAGAAAGGCCCAAUUGGGAAAUUUUCACAAAGACUAACCAUCCGCUUUUACAAAUUUGUGUUUAUGCAAUCUUGGCCAAAUAACCAAGGUGAGAAAUAAGGGAGGGAAAAAGAAAAAGGAGGGGGAAGGGGGAAAAAAAAAAGGAAGAGAGAGG